GCGGCACGUGGGGGAGGUGCCGGUGUUAGGGUUCUGCGUCCACUCUAUUUGUGGUUGUGAGGCUGGCGGCCGCCGCCGCAGAGGACGAAGGGCGGGGCGCGGGGAGCAGGAGAGAGGCUGCGGAGCGGGGAGACCGGCUGAGCGCCAUGGAGGGCCCAGGAGAGUCGCCGGGCCCACAGCCACCGCAUCCCGAGGACCACCGCAUCCGCGACGGCGACUUCGUGGUGCUGAAACGGGAAGAUGUGUUCAAAGCAGUGCAAGUCCAGCGGAGAAAAAAAAUAACUUUUGAAAAGCAGUGGUUCUAUCUGGAUAACAUCAUUGGCCAUAGUUAUGGAACCACAUUUGAAGUGACCAAUGGAGGAAGUCUUCAGCCUAAGAAGAAGAAGGAAGAACCUACUUCAGAGACCAAAGAAGCGGGCACUGAUAAUCGAAAUAUAAUUGAUGAUGGGAAAUCUCAGAAACUUACUCAAGAUGACAUAAAAGCUUUAAAGGACAAGGGCAUUAAAGGAGAGGAAAUAGUUCAGCAGUUAAUUGAAAAUAGUACAACAUUCCGAGACAAGACAGAAUUCGCUCAAGAUAAAUAUAUAAAAAAGAAGAAAAAGAAGUAUGAAGCCAUCAUUACUGUUGUGAAGCCAUCCACCCGCAUUCUUUCAAUUAUGUAUUAUGCAAGAGAACCUGGAAAAAUCAACCACAUGAGAUAUGAUACCCUAGCCCAGAUGUUGACAUUGGGAAAUAUCCGUGCUGGCAAUAAAAUGAUUGUAAUGGAAACAUGUGCAGGCUUGGUGCUGGGUGCAAUGAUGGAACGAAUGGGAGGCUUUGGUUCCAUUAUUCAGCUGUACCCUGGAGGUGGACCUGUUCGGGCAGCAACAGCAUGUUUUGGAUUUCCCAAAUCUUUCCUCAGUGGUCUUUAUGAAUUCCCACUCAACAAAGUGGACAGUCUCCUAAAUGGCACAUUUUCUGCAGAGAUGCUAUCUUCAGAGCCUAAAGACAGUGCUUCAGUUGAAGAAAGUAAUGGCACUCUGGAGGAAAAACAGACUUCAGAACAAGAGAAUGAAGACAGCGUGGCAGAAGCCCAAGAGAGCCAUCACCCACAGGAGCAAGAAACGAUGGAAAUCGUCUCUCAAGAUCCAGAAUACAAGGAACCGAAAGAGAGAGGAAGCAAAAAAGAUUACAUUCAGGAAAAGCAGAGAAGACAAGAAGAGCAAAGGAAAAGACAUUUAGAGGCUGCUGCUCUGCUGAGUGAAAGAAAUGCAGAUGGUUUAAUUGUAGCUAGUCGUUUCCAUCCCACUCCACUCCUGCUGUCUUUGCUGGAUUUCGUGGCCCCUUCAAGGCCAUUCGUGGUCUACUGCCAGUAUAAAGAGCCUCUGUUGGAGUGCUACACAAAACUGCGGGAAAGAGGAGGGGUCAUCAACCUCAGGCUCUCUGAAACCUGGCUCAGGAAUUACCAGGUUUUGCCAGAUCGAAGUCAUCCCAAACUACUGAUGAGCGGAGGUGGGGGGUACCUUCUCUCAGGCUUCACUGUUGCCAUGGAUAACCUUAAAGCAGACCCCAGUCUCAAAUCCAACGCAAGCACUUUAGAAUUACACAAGUCUGAAGAGCCAGCAGCUAAAAAACGGAAAUGCCCAGAGUCUGACUCUUAACCUUUCAAAAAUUGCUCUGAUUUUUUGUCCUCAGGCACUAUACAGUUAGUAAUUAAACUUUAAAUGCCAUUACUAAUUGUUCUCUCAUAUUCAAAAGUAAGAACAUGUCUGUACACCUGUUCCUGGGAAGGACGAGCAAGCCUUUUGUCCACCUCUGACAGAUAAAUUUGGUCUGUCUAAACGUGGAUCCAAAAUACCCAAGCCUGGGGUGUAUGCAGUAGACUGGUAUAUAUGGCCAAUCCUGUUUAUUUCACAAAAGUCUUCUACGUACAUUUGGUACUCUGCAAAUAUCCUGAGAAUUUAGACAUCCUAAAAAUAUAUUUAUACGAGACUUUGUUUAUGUGUUAAGCUAAGUGUAAUAACACAACAUAACGAAAACUUAGGUACUGAAAGACGGAAUUUGUGGGAGAGAUUUGUGUUCAUUUCACUCUCUUUAACCUAAGCAAUAUGGAUGUGUGAGUGUCUGAGAUUUACAGUACCAAAAAUGUCCUCCAGGUUUCCUCCAGCGGAGUAAACUUUUUUAAAAUGCUAGAUUUCUUAAUUUUAAUAGUUGAUAACUUAGGAAAGUUUUGAGUAUUUAUUUUACUGCUUUUUUUUGUCAACACAGAUGUAGUAGGGUACUUCUUUGGGUUAAUUUGCCAAUCCCCUCCUUCUUUGUUUGAAAUGAAGUGACUAGAAUUUUUGUGUACUAUUCAAUUAAAGGAAACAAAAGUUUUGGGGUUUUUUCACUACCCAGACGCUUAUGGAGAGAUAUAUAAAUAUAUGUAUAUAUGUGUACACACACAUACAUAUGUAUAUGGUUGUUGGUAUAUACACAUAUAUAUAUUUAUAUAUACACAUAUACACGGAGACAGAGAGAAUGCACUAUCUGUAUGAACUGUGACAAAGUUUAGUGCAGAGCUUAGACCAGUACUCAUUGCAUUAGUGUCACUCCCUGUCAAUUGUAUUUUAAAGUGCCUUUUUUGGUGAUUAUUAAUGCUGGUUUGUUGAGCUCUGGCAUGAUUAGCUGGUUAGCCUUUCUAAGCUCUGAAAACAUGUAAUCAAAUUAUUUGGUCAUCUGUAGCUAAGGAAAGUGUUUAGAAUGAGCCACGGCUCUUGUCUUGCUUACUAAACAUGCUCAUAGUGUGUGUUGUUCACAUCAUUAUAGCAUAGUUGCCGAUCAUCCAGCAAGGAUCAUCUUGGAAACAAGAAAUUACAUUUUCCUAAUAGCAUGUACUAUCCUGAUAAUGGUCAAUGUGAUUACCAGCAAGUACAGUUUUGAUUCCUUUUUAUUAAAACAGUUCCUUUUAAAGAAUAAAAGUGUUUCCUACUAUGA